AGCUCGCUAGCCAACAAAGUCGGAACAUUCAAGUUAUUUAGACAAUUUCGUGGUUUAUUUGCCACUAUGAUUUAAACAUACCUUUGUGGAAACAACCAGCUACCCCAUUUAAUAUUUACGUUGUAAGUCAACUAGCUUGCUGGUUAAGUUAGCACUAGUCUAGUCGCUUAUGCUAACUAGCUAUUAUCCCCGACCAUGAGUUCACCUAACUACUCUCCUCCUGAUAAAGAAGAGGUGGUCUGCUGGAUGGAGAAAGAAGCUCUCGUCAAAGAGGAGGAGGAAGAGGAGGAUGUUACAAUACAAAAACAAGUAGAGUAUGAGACUGUUACCGUGAAAGAAGAAAAGAAAGACGUUACAGAGAAAGAAGAGGAAGACGCGUUCAGAGUGAAAGUGGAGGAGGAUGUUACUGUGAAAGAAAAAGUGAAAGAUGUUACAGAGAAAGACGCCUUCAGAGUGAAAGAGGAGGAGGAGGAUGAAGUGAAAGAAGAUGAAGACGUUUUUGGAAUGAAGGAGGAAGAGGGGGAGAUUACUGUCACAUUAGAGGAGGACGAAGAAGAGAAGACUGGAGAACUGAUUAACACCAGCAAAUACAGAGAGAGAUGUGACUAUCGUGGAAUCUCUGGGGAGCCUCAACAGCCUCAUGAUUCUGACAGGGGAUAUACACGUUACUCCCAGAUUCUGUGUGGUUUUUGA